AGCCCUACCUGCGUCGCGGGUGGAGUCCUCCGGUGUGGGGGCGCCAGGCGAGCCAGCUCCAGGCCUGUAACCAAGGGUAGCCAUGCCAAAGACAGCUUGGGCGGCCGAAGGCCUGCAGAACUUCCCCAGCCCGGGCGGAAAUGGGGUGGUUCGGUUGGGCCGAGUGACAGCCUUCGUCGUGGUAGAAAACCAAAGGCCAACAACACCUUGUGGCCAUACGUAGGUCGGGGACUUAGGAGCAAAAGCGACCUGUUGCGCUUUCUUAAGGGACUCCGGCUGGCAAGGCUUGUGCUCAGGGAAACGACGGUGGCAAAGCUUUUGGGCUCAGGGACAGAAACAUCUGGUAUUUCCUCUCCAGAAAAAAGAAAAAGAAAAAAAAGAUUUGCUGAGCACUUUCUAUGUGCAGAGACCAUGGCAAGCCCAGGGAAAGACAAUUAUCGGAUGAAGAGCUAUAAGAACAAUGCCCUAAACCCUGAGGAAAUGAGGCGGAGAAGAGAGGAAGAGGGCAUUCAGCUUCGGAAGCAGAAGCGGGAGCAACAACUAUUUAAACGGAGAAAUGUGGAGAUGAUUAAUGAAGAAGCUGCCAUGUUUGAUAGUCUCCUCAUGGACUCCUACGUGAGCUCUACCACUGGGGAGAGUGUGAUCACAAGAGAGAUGGUAGAGAUGCUCUUUUCUGAUGACUCUGACCUGCAGUUAGCAACCACACAGAAAUUCCGGAAACUGCUCUCUAAAGAGCCUAGCCCUCCAAUAGAUGAAGUUAUCAACACACCAGGAGUGGUGGAUCGGUUUGUGGAGUUUCUGAAGAGGAAUGAGAAUUGUACAUUACAGUUUGAAGCUGCCUGGGCUCUAACGAACAUUGCCUCUGGAACCUCUCAGCAGACCAAAAUUGUCAUUGAAGCAGGGGCUGUCCCCAUUUUUAUAGAGCUGCUUAACUCGGACUUUGAGGAUGUACAGGAACAGGCAGUCUGGGCACUGGGAAACAUAGCUGGAGACAGCUCCGUCUGCCGAGAUUACGUCUUGAACUGUUCCAUCCUUAAUCCUUUGUUAACGCUCCUUACAAAAUCCACACGAUUGACAAUGACACGGAAUGCAGUCUGGGCCCUGUCAAACCUCUGCCGAGGGAAGAACCCACCUCCAGAGUUUGCAAUGGUCUCCCCUUGUUUGCCUGUGCUGUCUCGCCUACUCUUCAGCAGUGACUCAGAUUUGCUGGCAGAUGCUUGCUGGGCCCUUUCUUAUUUGUCUGAUGGCCCCAAUGAGAAGAUCCAGGCAGUCAUAGACUCUGGAGUCUGCAGGAGAUUGGUAGAGCUUCUAAUGCAUAAUGAUUACAAAGUGGCUUCUCCUGCCUUGAGAGCUGUGGGUAACAUCGUCACUGGGGAUGAUAUCCAAACCCAGGUCAUUCUCAACUGUUCAGCACUCCCUUGCCUCCUCCACUUGCUGAGCAGCCCCAAGGAGUCAAUUCGGAAAGAAGCUUGCUGGACUAUUUCAAAUAUCACUGCUGGCAACAGGGCUCAAAUACAGGCUGUCAUAGAUACAAACAUCUUCCCUGUGCUGAUCGAAAUUCUUCAGAAAGCAGAGUUCCGUACAAGGAAAGAGGCAGCCUGGGCUAUCACCAAUGCCACAUCUGGAGGAACCCCUGAGCAGAUCAGGUACCUGGUAUCACUGGGUUGCAUCAAACCCCUUUGUGACUUGCUGACUGUAAUGGAUUCAAAGAUUGUUCAAGUGGCCCUCAAUGGACUGGAGAAUAUCCUUCGGCUUGGAGAGCAAGAGAGCAAGCGCAGUGGCUCAGGAGUAAAUCCCUACUGUGGCCUCAUCGAAGAAGCCUAUGGCUUGGAUAAAAUUGAGUUUCUCCAGAGCCACGAGAACCAGGACAUCUACCAGAAGGCCUUCGACCUCAUUGAGCACUACUUCGGUGUAGAAGAUGAUGAUAGCAGCCUGGCUCCCCAAGUGGAUGAAACGCAACAGCAGUUCAUCUUCCAACAGCCUGAGGCCCCCAUGGAGGGCUUCCAGCUAUAAUGUCUGCCUCCGGGGAGGGGAUGGGAUGGGAAGCACCACCUGCCAGCGGAAAAGCAGCCCUCCGGUGGACGGGAAGCCAGCCCCCCCACCGGCCACCACACACCUCUGCUGCCCUGGAAACUGUGCUCCGGACCUGCCCCACCCCUUCCCUUUGAGGGGCACCCUCUGGACAGACAGAACCAUCCGAGGCUCACAUUUGGGUUUUGUGACAAGAAGGGGACGUGUUGGGUUUUUCUUCCUUACACUCUAUUUUGGCUGCACAUAUGUCUUUAACCCAGGAGCCCAGGGUAGACAAAGGAGGACUGAGGUAAUCAAUUUUGCACCUUUUUUAUGUUUAUUUUUUCUUUAGUAGUGACUUCCUUCCCUUUUAUCUUCCUUUAUUCUUCCCAGUUCUCUGCCCUGAUUUGUGUAACUCUUAUCUUGGGUACUUGAGCAGAUGGAAUAUUCCAGAAGUCGGGGGUGGGAGGGGAGGAGAGAAAUCCCAAAAAAGUAUUCUUGCUCUGACAGAAUAUUAAUCUUGUAUGCUUGGA